AUGCCAACACCCCGAUAUUUCACUCAAGCCCCUGCUUUCCCUGCUGAGACUUCCGUUGCGAGUCUGCCGACUAUUUCACUCCGUGGUCUGCAGGAUAAAAGCUCCACCGAGGGAGAGAAACUGUUCGAAGCAUGUAGAGAAUGGGGUUUCUUUCUAAUCGACCUACGAGACUCCGAUGAUGGCACGACAUUGUUACAAGAUGCAGAGAGAAUGUUCGAUCUGACUACGGAGCUCUUCGCCCUGGACCAGGCAACCCUGGAUCGAUAUGCAUAUGAUGCACCGAGGGACCUGACCGGGUACAAAAGCAUGGGGCGACUAAAGACCGACGACGGCAAAACAGACCAUAUGCAUCUGUAUUCCAUCAAUCAAGACGACAUUCUAGGCAACCGUCCUCCACGGACUAAUGCCGGUCCAGUCGAAUCCAAGCGCACUCAGCUCCAAGCGUUCAUUCGACACUGUUCUGCAGCAUUGGGUGUCAUUCUAGGUGCGCUGGACGAUCAACUCGGUCUGAAGCAGGGCACGUUGGCUGCACUUAGUCCGCUGGAAGAUGAGUCCGAGACAUCGGUGCGUCUGCUCUGUAGUCCGCCCCAGCCUGCCCCGGAAUAUGAUCGCAUCACUCUCGGCGGACACACCGAUAUCGGUACCAUGACAGUACUGUUCCAUGUGGUGGGUGGGCUCCAGAUUCUUUCAGCUGGGAAGGAGAACGUAAUGGAGAACUGGCAGUAUGUGCGACCCGAACCGGGCUGUGCCCUUGUAAAUGUGGGUGAUAUGUUGGUGGAGUGGACCGGUGAACUGCUGCGUAGUUCUUUGCAUCGGGUGAUGACGGCUCCAGGAGAUCAGGCAUUGGUGCAGCGCCAAAGCGUGGCCUACUUAGUUCGGCCUGCAAAGAAGGCAUCUAUGCGACGUAUACAGGGUGGUAAGAUUCCUCCUUUGGCCGAAGGGGAAGAGGAGGAGACGCGUCCGGUUAAUGAGUGGACGGCUUGGAGAUCACGCCAGAUUAUGCUGGGCCACUUGAAGCCGCAGAGCCGGGGUGGAAAUAUGGCAGUUAGCGUAUGA